GGAUCAGAUUUUUGUUUUGACGGAACGAACAGACUUUUACCGAGUGAAGCGAGUCUUUUUCGAAACUAGCCGAACAUUGCCGAGAGCAGGCGGAGGUGUCGGACCGCUCAACGGGCUCUUCCAUCCGGACUUAGACCCCUGAAAACCGGCUCCAUCUCCGAAUAAAAGCCCUGAGGACUGAAGCGGAGAGAAGCCGCUCGGAGCAGCUCAUGAACGGAGCCUGACCGGUAGGUGCUAGCUGUGGGCUCAUCGGUUUCCAGAUUCCCCUUGAAAAGUCUGCCAUUUUAGCUGAAAAACCGUCAUUAUCUAUUUCGCUGAACACCCUGGAGAGUCAGACCCGGUGACGUCAGAGCGGACCCGGUUCUGAAAGCAUCGGCUGCGGUUUCAUCACCGAACCACCGGCAAACACCGAGCCGGGAUUACCUGGUGACCAGAUGAUGCACAACACCAGGAUGCUGUCUAUGAUGCUGCGCACUACCACACAGGUGGAGGUCCCUGGCGGCAUGUCGGAGCAGCCGGAUCAGACGGACCCCGGAGAUGCCGGGUCCGAGGAGUCGGAGAGAGACAUCUACAUGCGCUUCAUGAAGUGCCACAAGUGCUACGACAUCGUCCCCACCAGCUCCAAACUGGUGGUGUUUGACACAACGCUGCAGGUGAAGAAGGCCUUCUUCGCGCUGGUGGCUAACGGGGUGAGAGCUGCUCCUCUGUGGGAGAGCAAGAAGCAAAGCUUUGUGGGAAUGUUGACCAUCACAGACUUCAUCAACAUCCUGACCAGAUACUAUAAAUCCCCCAUGGUGCAGAUCUAUGAGCUGGAGGAGCAUAAGAUCGAGACGUGGAGAGAGCUGUACCUGCAGGAGACCUUCAAACCUCUGGUGCACAUCUCACCUGACGCCAGUGUGUUCGAAGCGGUUCACUCCCUGAUAAAGAACAAGAUCCACCGGCUUCCUGUCAUCGAUCCGAUCAGCGGCAACGCUCUCUACAUCCUGACUCACAAGCGGAUCCUGAAGUUCCUGCAGCUCUUUGUGUGUGAGAUGCACAUGCCAGCCUUCAUGAAGCAGACACUGGAGGAACUUGGAGUGGGAACGUACUCCAACAUUGCCUACAUCCACCCCGACACGCCGCUCAUCAUGGCCCUGUCUGUGUUCACACAGCGCCGGGUCUCUGCGCUGCCCGUUGUGGAUCACAGCGGGAAGGUGGUGGACAUCUACUCCAAGUUUGACGUGAUUAACCUGGCAGCUGAGAAGACUUACAACAAUCUGGAUGUGACGGUCACCCAGGCUCUAAGACACAGAUCGCAGUACUUUGAAGGCGUCAUGAAGUGCAACAAGCUGGAAACACUGGAGACCAUCGUGGACCGGAUCGUGAAGGCUGAGGUCCACAGGCUGGUCGUGGUUGACGAUGAGUCUCACAUCAUUGGCAUCGUGUCGUUGUCGGACAUCUUGCAGGCGCUGGUCCUGAUGCCUGCUGGACUGGGGAGGAAGGAGUCCAUCACCUCCCAACCAGAACCCCUGAACCCAGCGGAACCAGAACCAGCAGCUCCAAAUGGGUCAGACCAGGACCCGGUUCUGGAGCUGGAGGCAGAAAGCAUCCCGGGACCAGCAGGCGACCCAGAGACAGAAACCGAAACAGAUCACAAUCAGGACCAGAACCAGGACCAGGACCAAGAUCAGAACCAGAACCAGGACCAGGACCAGGACCAAGACCAGAACCAGAACCAGGACCAAGACCAGAACCAGGACCAAGACCAGAACCAGAACCAAGACCAGGUACCAGAAACUGAACUGGACCCGGAUCCCCAAGGAGCCACAGAGGAAGCUCCUGAGAGGAGCCAGCAGGGGGAGCCAGAGGAGGGGAAGUAACAUCAUCACAGUGCUUCCCCUUGGACUCUGACGAUCCGCCGCGCUCGGGUCAAACCACAGAAGAAGAAUCAGGACAGGGUGGACUGUGAUUGGACUGCUGCUUAGGUGGGUGGAGCCAGACUAACAUGCUGGAGCCAAUCAGAGGAAUGUUCUGGUUCUGCCUGCUGGGUUCUGGAAGAGCUUCAGGAAGUUUGGUUUGUCACUGCAGCCUCAUAACAGCCAUGAAGCUCGACCAGAACCAGAACCGGGUCACCCUGAACAUCUGGACUUUCUGAUGGUGGAGAAACAUUUGAAUGAGCCAAUCACUGUUGAGCUGCUGCAUCAUUUCCUGUUUCACUGACGUGGCCAAUCACAUGUCGUUACUUUGGUGGAAAAUGACUUUAUUCUGGAAAGUGUUGUUUCUAUUUCCUGCUGUGCUGUAAGGGGGCGGAGCCCCGGACAGUUUGGACCAAUCAGAUGACAGAAUAUUUAACUUUGUAUGUUCAUAUUUUACUGUUCCCAUAGAGACGGAGAAAUGUAGUAUUUAACAGCUGUGACGUUGCCAUGGUGCGUCUGUGACAUCACAGUUUCCAUGGAGAUGUGUAGUGAGUCGCUUUGCUGCUGCUGUGAAAACGAAUUAAACCUGCUGAUGUGAGAUCU